AUGCGGAGGCUCGCGCUGCUCUCGCCGUCGUUCCGGGACCUCGACGCUGAGCUUCGGGACGCCGCCCAGUACCUCGACUUCCUCCGCGCGCGCUGCCGGCUGGCGGCGCUCCUAUCCGCGUCGAGCGCGUGUCGGAAGGCGUUCCGGAAGGACGAGCGCGGCGUGGUGAACGCGGUGCAGCUGUCCGCGUCCGGGUCCAGGUACGGCGCGCGCGUCGGCGUGGGCUUGGAGGAGACGCGGCUCCCCGUGUCGAUGCUGCUGGCCGUGGCGCAGUCCCGGCGGUGCCGGAAGCAGAUGGUGGCCGCCGGCGCGUGCGGGUGCCUGCAGGGCCCGGUGGGCGCCGAGGUGGAUGGCGCCAAGCGCCAAGUCGAGUGCCUCGGCAAGGGGAAGACGCUGGGCGUGUUCCCGCGGACGUGA